UUGUCAUUCCCCGUUAAAAGUCGAGCCUAGAAAUACGGAUACUGUGAUAGAGUGUCGGAUAGAUGACAGGCUUUGCGCAGGCUAUCGACGGAACGCCUAGAUAAUGGGAGGUGGAGAUGACAUGAUUUCCUAUCUCCUGUGUGACAACUCUCCUAGGCAGCAACAUCCCAAACAUCGACACUCUGGGUUUUAAGUCUCGUCUCCCGCCUCCCGCAAAUUUUUCUGGUUCUCGACAAGACAGAUCCUUCCACAUAGUUUUUUUUCUCUGAGAAUUGAUACGAUCAAUCACAUCAUUCAACCCAGCAACCAUGACAACUGCAGUAGAAAAGCCACCAUUCGCGGAGUCGUUUGCUAGCUUUGCCUCCAUGUAGGACGAAAAGACUAGGGAGAAUGAAGAUGGAAGUCCUAUUUUGGAACGAAGCCAAUUUGUGAUGGUUGACAAGGACAGCUACGCGACUUGGAAGGGCGAAGUAGAUUGCCCCGGUCGCCGGGGACAGGCCACCCUACAAGAGGCCCGUGACUGCCUCUGCCUACGUAUUCCCGACGAACACAUCUAUCCAAAGGUCGCCCCAGACUGGCCAGUUAUUUCAAUUAAGGACUACGUCGCAGGUGACUUCUGGCCCAAGGAACCGGGAUACUACCGCUCUGGCGAGUAUUCAAACCCGUGUGGGAUUGCCGAUGAAUUUGUUGCGCAAAUUCGGGUCAAUCAGCUCAUCCAGAAGAAUCCACACCCAAACCUAGUCGAGUUCAAGGGAUGCUUGGAGAAAGAUGGCCGGGUAGUAAGGUUGCUAUUCAAGCGCUGCCCGACCGACCUUUACCGUCUGGCGGAACGGAAACCAGCGGAAGAGGACCACCUAGAUGAUAUUGAGGUGAACUCCUUCAUGGAAGGGAUUCGAUCUGGUGUGCACCAUUUGCACUCAAUGGGCCUUGCUCAUAACAGUUUAGAUCCUGUCCACAUCUUGAUCGAUGAAGAGUACAGACCAGUAAUCACCGACAUGACUUCUUGUCAACCAUUCGGAGAAGAGAGAAGAUACCAUGGACUAAGCGGUUGGCAUGGUGGAUACAAGGAAGAAUCAUGCGCGGCUAACGACGAGAUUGGUUUGAAAAAGAUCGAGGAGUGGCUUGUGAAUGCGAAGGAAGGUUGGAGACAUAAGAUACUCAAGCGUGGCAUUGACUACUGAUAUGGUUGUCAUACCUCAGUAGACAGGAAAUUCUUUCGGAAAAGUACUGUGUCAGAAGAUGCGCGAUCGUUCGUUGAUAUUUAGCUGCGCAAUGUUAAGUAAAGCCAAGGGACUGUCUUCAGGUGCUGUACAAGGUACUGUGCAUGGUGACUUCAGUGGUGGGAAUAUGCCCAUGGGGUAUCGGGAUUUCCUCCAUAGAUUCAACAGUUAGCACAGUAGUCAAUACAUCAGAUGUACAGCUCAUAUACCGUAUCAUUUAGCACGCGAAAGUUACGUACCUAAUAUGCUUUUUCUUAAUAGCACGGGUGGUAACAGGAAUGAAAAUGAUGUUAAGACGCAAUUUCAAACCGAGAUUAACAUGGCUUUUGGUAGCGUAGAUUAAGGACACCAUAUAGACGCAUCGCGAGGAGUUUGGAAAUUAUUAGAUGCUGCUCACUACCAACCUCCCACAUGCUAAGAUACUUGUAUAUGAGUUUUGACUGAUCAACUAGACUCCCCAUGCUCGAUAUGGCGUAUGAAGCUGUCAAAACAACAUGUCUAGUCCUUUUUUAUCGGGUAGAAGGGUCAGAAAUCGCCUGAUCGAACUCGGG